AUGGUAGAGGACUUAGUAGCUUCCUAUAUUGUUCUGAAAUUGGAGAAUAAAAUUUUGCAAGCCCGAGUGUAGUGGCUGAUGGAAGAAACUGUUGCCCCACAGGCCCAGAUAGAGCUCCAGAUGCCCCAAACAGCCAAAGAAGUUGAACCACUUCAGUAACCCUCAGAGUCCCAGGAGCCACAGAAAUCCCUAGAAAACCUAGAUUUCCCAAAAUCCUGAAAGUGCCAAAAAUUCCCAGAAUUUGAGAAACUCCAAAAUCUCAGAGAGCCCCAGGAGGUCCCAGCCUGGAAGCCCCCAGCAGCCCAGGAGCACCAGAAAACACCAAUGGUCCAGGAAACCCAGAGGCCCUUGGAACCUCCAGCAGCCCCAGAGUCUCUGGAACUUCCAACAACCCAUGAGCCCCAGGAACCUUCACUGGUCUGUAAGCUCUCAGAAGCCUGGAAAUCCCCAAAUCUCCCAGAAGUCAAGGAACUCCAGAGGCCCCCAGUGGCCCAGGAGGCCAACAAGCCUCCAGAAAUUAAGCCCCCAAAGCCCCCAGAUAUCCAGGAUGCCCUGGCCCUGGAUCCUUUAGAUACCCAGGAGUUCCUAUAGCCCUCAUCACCCCAGAAGUCCCUGGAAGGCCUAAUAGCUUCUUUGACAUCAGCAGCUUCAGAGUUCCAGUCCCCCAGUGGGUUAGAAGGGGAAGCUUUUCCCCCGGAAUACUGUUUAGACUUCAGGGGAGAUGCUCAUAAACUUUCUGAGUUCUUGAUUCAAUUGAAUAGUUACAUAAGAGUCAGAGGGCACCUGCAUCACACUGAAGCAGCUGUAGUGAGCUUUGUUGGCAACUGCUUCUCAGGUGAGGCAGGAAUGUUUUUAGCCUUACUAGAUAUCCAAAGUGCCCUGCUGGAGCAAUUUGAAAGUUUCAUACAAGUGCUCCAGGAUACUUUACAGUCUGGAAAACAUGUCAGUCACUGCAUCAGUCAGCUGUGCCAAUGGGAGGAUCCUGCCCAUCAGUAUAUGACCCACUUCCAUCUCAUUGUUCAAGAGCAAAACUGUGAUGAAAGCACUCUCUGCAUCCAAUUUCAGGAAGGGCUUUCCAGUUCUAUCUCAGACUAUCUGUCUCACAAUAACCCAUCAGCCACCAACCUAUUUAAUCUGAUCACUCAGUGCCUAGAAGAGAAACUAAGUAGUAAGACUGAUCCAAACCCACAAGGAGCAAGUCCUUCUGAGGAGGGAGGUGGGCCUGAGAAUUCAAUAGCUAAAAACCAGCCUGUGCAGGCUGAAAGAAAUAGCCCACAUCUCAGUGAAGCUGAAUGGGCCCACUGUUGUGAAAGUCACUUGUGCCUCUCCUGUGGUCAUCCUGGUCAUUUUGCCAGAGUUUGUUCUGUCAAGCCUUAUCAUGCACAGCAGGAAGGAAACAUCAAGACCUGGUGGUAA